AUGAGUUUCCGAGCUUAUUUCCUUGUGCAACUACAGUGUUUUUCCAUCAGUUUAAGUAAAGGCUAUUCUAUAUUGUGCAGAAUUUCUUUUAAGGAUCCGUUGUUCUUCUGUUGCAUUAUAAAAGUAUACAAUGAUAAGUUAUAUGCUUUGUCUUAUAUAUCUGUGUUUCUUUGUAGGUGCAUGUCAUGCAAGUAUGAGAUGACAGCAGCAGAUUUUGACGAGUGGGCAUACCGUCAGCUUGAAGACUCUAGCCAUUUGUUGCAUGGGGUAGUGCAUGCUAAUGGCUAUGGCCAUCUUCUCAGAAUUAAUGGUAGAGAAGGUGGUUCAAAGCAUCUAACAGGAUGCGAUGUCAUGGGCUUCUGGGAUCGCUUGUGUAAAAUGCUUCAUGUCAGAAAGGUAACAGUUAUGGACAUAUCAAAGAAGUAUGGGAUGGAGUACCGUCUACUCCAUGCAGUAACUGCUGGUCAUCCAUGGUAUGGAGACUGGGGCUACGAGUUUGGUGCUGGAAGCUAUGCUCUCACUUCUCAAGCUUACCAAAAAGCUGUUGACACUCUGUCCAAUAUGCCCUUGUCAUUUCUCUUCUCCCAUUCCCGUUCACUACGCACCCCGGUGCAAAACACAGUAUCAUUAUACUGGUCUCUUGCAGAUCGCAAACUGGAGACAGUGAGGGACCUUUUUUGUUAUGUGACCUAUCUACUUCACAAGUCUCAUGAGAACCCGUCACAAUCCGAAACUAACUUAAGAAAGAAUCUUAAAGAUGAUGCCACGAGAGGAAUAUUAUGUGCAUGGGGCAAACAUGACAUUGAAAGGGCUGAAGAGGUGAUGGUGAAAGUUCUCCGAGCUGUAGGUGGUAGUCGGUGGGUGACUUGGAAAUCUCUUCGAGGAGCAGCAUGCCGAGCUGUUGCAUCACCUGAGUUACUUGAUUAUUGCCUCAAGGGACUAGCUCAUAAGGUCACUAAUGAUGGUAUGCAUGUUGCUGUCCGGUGCAAUCCUGAUAACAAUGCCAUAGAAUACAGGCUUGAAACUGGUCCAAACAAACAGUGUCCAAAAGAAAAUGUCAUUAGACCAUCAGCUGACCAAUUAUUGCAUGAUCUUAAAUUCCUGUAUGAUGCACUUCUAAACCCAACCACGAUGCAAUCCUACAAACCUGACAGCAUUAGGCAAACUGCAUGCAGCUCAGCAGCCAAACUUCUCGACUGCAAACGAUUCAUCAAGAACUAUGAGGAACCCAUUUCAAAAACCAGACCGUUGAAUCCAUUUUCACUACGCAUCUGGUGCCAUGUUGAACUAGUAAACCAACCGAAGGACUACAUUGCCCCACCACCAGAGCUCCUAAUCCUACCUGCAACCGCCACAGUUGCUGAUCUUAAGCUUCAUGCUACAAAAGCUUUCCAGGAUACUUACCUAAUUUUUGAGAAGUUCCAAGCCGAAGAGCUUGUUGACCAUGGAGAUGUCGAUGACUGUAUUGAUGUCAGACUUUUGGUUGGCGCAAAUGAGAGUAUAAAGGUCAGGGGAAGGUGUUUUGGGGAUGAGUAUAGACUGGGACAGUUCAGGAUGGAGAGGGGGCUAGAGAACUGGACAGUGGACUGUGCAUGUGGAGCCAAGGAUGAUGAUGGUGAAAGAAUGCUAGCCUGUGAUUCUUGUGGAGUGUGGCAGCACACUAGGUGCGCUGGUAUCAGUGACUUGCAUGCUGUGCCUGUGAAGUUCGUUUGUAGAAAGUGUUCAUGUGCGAGCAAGUCUAAAGCUCGUAGUGGUGGAAAAGGCAAGGCCAAUGGAAGAUACAAGGUGAGCACCUCAAAUGGUAACAAGAGAUGCAAGGAUGAAGUUGCAGCACCUGCUAUGGAUGGAAGGGCAUACGGGCGGAUGACUACAGUGGGGUGAGCUUAACAUGGAAAAAAAAAGGUUUGUACAUAAGAGAGGAUAGAGAGUAGGAGAAUAUGAGGCUUGAUGAAUGAGCCCUGGCCUGCCUGUAUUAGUUGUUGUAUGGCCUACUUUUGAACAAUUUUCCAAGUGCAAAAUAUCCUUUUUUUUGCCUUAAUGAAAAUGGUGCCUCAUCGUGUGCCAUGUGCCAAAUCUGCAAUGUUUUGGUCAAAUGUAUUAUGUUAAAUUUAUUAUGAAAAUACAAUCAAAUUUGGCAGCUGAAUUCA